AUGAGACUCAUCAACACCCGCACCAGAGCUUUCGAGGAGUUCUACGGAAGCAAAGUUCCAAAGUAUGCAAUUCUUUCACAUACUUGGGGGCAAGAGGAGGUUACAUUCCAGGACUGGGCAGACCCAACUUCGGUGAUCCAGAAGUCGGGAUUCACCAAGAUCAUUGAGGCCUGUGAGCAAGCCAGAAAUGAUGACUACUCGUAUAUAUGGGUUGAUACCAACUGCAUCGAUAAAUCCAGCUCAGCUGAGCUUACAGAAGCUAUCAACUCCAUGUUCGCCUGGUACUCCAAGGCCGAUAUUUGUUACGCCUAUCUUUCAGAUGUUCCGACAUUCAAGCCGAUAUCUUAUGCGAAGGAGUUCCGGCAGAGUCGCUGGUUCAAGAGGGGAUGGACACUUCAAGAGCUCCUCGCUCCUGAUUGCGUGGUCUUCUAUGCAGCUGACUGGUCACGUAUUGGGACCAGAUCUACUCUUGUGCGCGACAUUGCCGAGGCUACAGGCAUAGGUAUUAGGUACUUAAGCUCUGAUCCAAAGACUGCGACUGCCACCCAAGAAAACUGGUCAGAAGUUCGAAGCCCGGUGUGCCAUGAAGCGUCGAUAGCUGAAAGAAUGUCCUGGUUGUCCCGCCGCGAAACAACAAGGAUUGAGGACAUGGCGUACUGCAUGUUGGGCAUAUUUGGUAUCCACAUGCCUCUAGUAUACGGUGAAGGGCCCAGAGCCUUCUUGCGACUCCAAGAGGAGAUUCUGAAAACUUCAGACGAUCACUCACUCUUCUGCUGGUCAUGGGCCAUGAGCGAGAACCAGGGCAGUCUUCUUGCCCCUAGACCACAUAGCUUUCUAGAAGCUUCGCCUUAUCAACGUCAUAAGGUCGAUGUCAAGCCAUCUCCUUACGCUAUUGCUAACUCGGGUCUCUCUAUUCGGCUUCCUCUGAUUCGAUGCUGGUCCUCCACGACAUGCCGACUUAGAGAGCACGAGGCCGCCAUGGCUCACUAG